AUGGCGAAGUCAGACCAGCAGAAGCCGAAAGCCAGUAAAGCUGAGACUACGAGCUCAGAUUCAUUUCAAAAGCAAGUCAAUCACCAGUCAUCUAAAUCCGCUGUGAAAGAAUAUGCCAACAAGAAAUGCGACCUUAAUGAAUUAUCAUUACCAGUCCCAAAAACGUCUCCUCCCGGCACGACCGAGACUUCUCAUUUGCCUGAACCCAAAAAUAGGAAGAUUAGCCCAUGUCCAGAUGCCAUCGAUCUUUCAUCGAAUAUGACAGAACGACAACUUCCAAUUAACUCAACUUCGGUUCAAAGGUCAAAUGCCACUCCAUUCCUCGAAGCGUUUCUGAACAGUCAAAAGAUCGUGCAAUCAGCAGGGGUUGCUCAAGGCUCAAAUGGCCGAUCCAAAGGUCACAGAAGCAAGGAUUAG